CACGCCCUUUUUACCACCUGACCCCGUGCAAAUUUGCAUACGAGAAAGUGCGAGAUGACAGCAGUAAUGGCGGGCGCUUUGGUUCGUGUAUCCCACACUCGCUUGUAGAUGCGGCGCUCAGCGGAGUUCUGUUAUGUUUUGCAAGCCUGAUCCAUCCAGUCAUGACAGUGUCGUGGCUCCACCAAAAACCCACAUUGGGGCCUACAUGACUGGUGGUCUGAAGGACCUCUAUCACAGAAUCAUCAGGGGCAAGGUUUUACAAACUCCAGAUGGUGAGGCACACACUAACGAGAAAGGCCAUUUUUGGCCAGGACAUGAUGGUCCGGUGGUUCUGGCGCAACGUUAUCACAUAACAGAAGUCCUCAACACCCGUGGCCAGUCUGCAGUGCUUGUCUUUGCUGAGGAUCUCUUUAAUCGGAACAAAGUUGUUGUGAUCAAGAUUCUUCAUACUACCUACUUUAACAUUGGAGCACAGGAGGCAGAAUGUCUGAGACGUCUUGCCGUGUCCGAUCCACUUCAUGUUUCUCACACAGUCAAGUUGCUUAAUACAUUUGUGUUUGGAGGACACUUUUGUAUGGUGUUUGAAUCCUUGUCACCUCAUCCAAUCACUGAAGUAUUUGGUGACCUUCACCUUCGCAACUGCACGCACCUACACAAGGUGAAGAAGCUGAGUCUCCAGCUGUUGGUUGUCCUAGGCUUUCUUCGACAACAGAACACUAUCCAUGCCGACCUCAAGCCAGAGAACAUACUGCUGAAACAUGCCAAUGACCUGAGUUCUGUGACUGUGAUAGACUUUGGUAACUCCAUACAACAUGUCCACAAAGAAGUUUCUCUGUACUACCGUGAGUUUGAUGUCCAGACCUUGCUCUACAGGGCGCCAGAGGUGAUGUUUGGAAUCCCAUUCGGCACCGAGAUUGACAUGUGGUCCCUGGGCUGUAUUCUAGCAGAACUGUAUCUGGGAAGACCCCUCUUCUUUGGCAAGACCAAGCCAGAGUUACUUACAUCAAUAACUUCGGUUCUAGGCCCAUUGCCUAAGGAAGUAUUUCAGAGAGGCAAAUACUCACGGGAGUUGGCGACAUUCACAGAGGAUGUGGAGCAGGAAGAUGCAACUGCCAGGAUUCUCGAGUGCCUAGAAGGAGCCAAGGAUUAUGCAUUUGCCAAUUUCCUUUCCCAGCUUUUCCGAUAUGACCCUGAUGAGAGGCUGAAUCCAUCAGAAGCUUCCCAGCACCCCUUCCUGGCCCAGGAGCUGUGUGUCAGCUUCCUCCUACCUCCAUCAACAAAGAGACUGCCAACUUCUAUUUUGUUAAACUCCAAGGUGUAUAGACAUGGUGUCAGGAUUUCAUCAGAGGUUAAACGUCAGAAUCCUUCAACUUAUGAUCUACUUGUUAUUGGAACUGACAGAAAGAUUUGUGAUCAUGGUCGACAUGACACCAGAGUGGCGGAGGUCCAGCCAUAUAAGCAGGAGGUGGAUACAGAUCAUCAUUCAAAAGGUCAAAAGGGUGGUCAAGAAGAAAGAGGUCAUACAGAUUGGAGCUCUACUAAUUUCUCGCCACCGAGAAAGCAAUUACAUGAAUGUCAAGAAAGAAAUGAUUCAGGAUUCUAUGAAAGGAUGGAUAUGGUAAAAUCUGAGGACAGUAAUGAAUAUGCCAAAAGAUGCGUGAGAAAGCCAGCAUUUGAUUUGUCCAAAAACCUGUUCCCACCGCAACAAACAAGGACUCAAACAAGGUCACGGUCGCCUAAACAUGCUAGAGGUCAAACAAGAUCAAGGUCACCAAUGAGUCAAAGUGAUAGACACAGUCAGAGCUAUAUCAGCUACAACUCUCAAACUGUUAGGAUUGUAAGUGGAAGAAAUGUUGUGUCAACAAGUACAAAACACCCUGAUACUCUCCCUAGAACUGAUUGGGAUAACCCACUCAGUGAGGGAAGAACAGAAAGAAAUAGUCUCCAGUGCCCUGUUAAGGUCCUUGUGAAACAAUACCAAUCUCCAUCACAUUCAGCAUUAAGAGAACAGGAAUCAGGUAUGAAGCUUAAUCAGUCCCGUGUUUCAACUAGAAAAGGACAGAGUGUAGAGAUGUCUCCAAAGAGAUCAAGAUGUUCAUCCUCCAAAUCUCACAUCUCUGAAACUAACUUCAGUGAAGACCUUAGGAGAUCACAGCAGCAAACCAGAGAUAUCUUCGCUGGUCGACAUCAGCAGCUGCAAGACUUGGGAGGGGAAGUAACUGAAUGGAAAACAGUUAAACAGAGUCCAGGACAGAUUCAGAGGAAGAUGAAGAGGAAGCAAUUAGAAGAUGAAAGAUGGAGGAAGAUAAUGGAAGGAGACAAACAUGAGGGGAGUAAGAGGUUUGAGGAAGAAACAAAUUUCCAUGAAGCUGAUGUGAAAGAUAGAAUUGGAAUUAUGUUUGAAGAUGAAAGAGAGUGUUCUUUUCUGGAUAGGGAUAGAGAUGAUGUCAAUGAAGAUUUAAAAACAUGUCAUAUUGUGUCCUCACCACAGUAUCCAAAAAGGGACACCUCAAGUCAUGAUCAGUAUAAGAUGGAGAAAUUGGAGACACACCUGGUGAAUGAUGGCAAAACAAGAUCCUCUCCAGCUGUGGUUACAUCAGGAACAUUAUUAGUAGAGGACAAAUGUGAAAACAUUGAUGGACACAGAAAAAUUGCUGGUAAUAACUGUGAAACUUUAAGAGGCCAAAAGUCUGAUAAGAGUAACAAAAAUAAAAUGGAGAUAAUAUUGUCCCCCAAAUCUAAAAUUUCCAGAUUCACUGUUUCACCAAAUGAGGAAGAUGAUAUGAGGAGCCAUGAGAUCAUUGGACCAAAGUCUGAUGACAAUGAAAUCAUGAAAUCUGAUACAUACAAAUAUGAAACUGCAUUUCCAGAAAGGAAUGCAUCCUCUAGGCUCCGACUGACACAUCCAGCUGGAGUAGAUGAGGACUUCAUUCUGUCCCCAAGGAAAAGUAGACUUGAAACUAGAUUGAAAAUUCCUCAAAGAGGCAAGAACCAGAGUAACAUGGCUGGUUUGGAAAAGGAGGAUAGGAGGAUGUUGUUCUUUGAGAAUGCUCAUACUGAGGCUGAUGAGCAAUUAUCAGGGGAGGAAGCAAAGCAGAUGAUGUUUGAGACGACAGUGCCUUUGAGAGGAGGGAAGUCCCAGAGGAACAAGGUUGGUAUGGGAAGAGGGGACAGAAGCAGGUUGUUGAAAGCUGAUACUGAAGAGGAUACUGGGAGGAGCUGGGAGCUGUCUGAUGAGGAUUUAUCAGAGGAGGAAGCAAGAAAAGUAAUGUACAGGAAGACGGUGUCUCCAAGAAUGGGGAAGACCCAGAGAAAUAAGGUCAAUUUAGGAAGAGGGGACAGAAGGAGGUUGUUGAAUGCUGAUACUGAAGCUGGGAGGAGCUGGGAGCCGUCUGAUGAAGAAUUAUCAGGGGAUAAAGCAAGGCAGAUGAUGUUCAAGACAACAGUGUCUCCAAGGGGGAAGACCCAGAAGAACAAGUUCAAUUUAGGACGAGGGGACAGAAGAAGGCUUUUGAAUGCUGAUAGUGAAGCUGUGAGGAGCUGUGAACUGUCUGAUGAGGAUUUAUCAGAGGAGAAAGCAAAGAAAGUGAUGUUCAAGAGGACAGUGCUUCUAGGGGGAAAGACCCAGACGAACAAGGUCAAUUCACAAAGAGGGGACAGAAGGAGGUUGUUGAAUGCUGAUAGUGAAGCUGUGAGGAGCUGUGAGCUGUCUGAUGAGGAUUUAUCAGGGGAGGAUGCAAAGAGGAUGAUGAUGGAGACUACAAUGGAGUGUGAGGCAAUGGCAGAGUUCUGCAGAAGAAAAAGUGUUAGGGUAACCAUGAGGAAUAUGGAUAUUGUUGAACACAACCAGGGUCCUUGUUCUGGGGAACAAGUGAAUGUCAGUGCUGAGAAAAUAACAAUGGUGAAACAUGUAGAUGGAGAAAGAAAUUGGAGAACUGUUGACAAGAGGACACAUGGUGAGAAGAAAAGGAGGAUUCAAGGAAUUGAUCAGGGUUACAACCUCCAGAGGAGUGUGGUGGAGAAGAAGAAAGAUGAUGAUGAAAGGUGGAGGAAGAUAUUUGAAGAUCAUAAACGUGGUGUUGUAACAUCAAAAGACACUGAAUUCAGUCAGGCUAGUGUUGAGAAAAGUAAAGAUAGGUGGGUUCAGUUUUCUUUCGUUGAUGAGGAUGCGGAUGUAGGAGCUUACAAGAGUCACGCACAGCGGGAGAUGGGAUAUGGGUCCUCCUUAGAUGCUCCUGAUGUUCAGGAUGAGGAUGUGCAUCACUCUGCGUCGUCAGAUGGAGAAGAGGUUGUUAUGAGUGUUGUAGAAGAACAUAAGAGUGUCUUAAUACCCAGUGAAGCACCACAUUCCAGGCAACAGAGAACUAACGUUGAACAAGUGGUUAGUAUGCCUGCUAGAAAAUACUCAGUUAAGCAGACAAAUGGUUGUCUAUCGUCAUCAGAGAAGUCAAAACAAAUGGCAUUAAAAGUAAAAGACUCCACUGUACAAAGGAGUUCUACUGUUCAAACGGAACCUUUUAUAUGCCCCAUUUCUCAGGGUAGCAACAGAAAAGAAAGACUCGAAAGAGGCAGAGAUAUUCCAGAUGACAGGGAGUUAGAAUUCAGUGGAAACAUAAACUUCAAGCAGUUAAGAAGCAACUCUUCGUCACAAUGCAUUGAUGCAGACAAGUGUAAACCAUGUUCCUCAGGUUCUGGAAAAGUUGAUAAGUUGGAGAAAAGAGGAGGCAGCUUGUCAGAUCCUGCUUGUUUUGGAAUUGCUUCAAGAUAUAACUUGUCUGAAAUGAUAGGACAUCCAAGUUCUGAAAACCACCAUGUAACAGAUGAGAAUGGUCUUGAGAGUGAUGAUGAUUAUGAGAGUAAUGAUAAACAUGAUCAGGGGACGAAAGUGAAUCAACCUAAACAUCAUUAUCACUCAAUUGAUAAUGAUUACAAAGUUGUUAUGGAACAAACUGGAAUAAAUUCAAAUAACUGUGCCAUGCCUCAGAUCCACCGUGGCCACAAGCUGGAGGUGGGACUGACUGAAGAGGCAGAUCGGUGUACAACGGAUAGGCAGAUGUCCCACAAACCUGCAGCUGCAUCUCAAGAAGAGGAACAAGCCCAUGUCCAAUCAGAAGACAUGUUUAAUGUGUCACCAUGUAGCUUUGAAGCCUCAGUGCAGGAGGACCAUGUUGUGAUGCAGAAACCAACAAGGAUAGGAAGGAAAAAAUCUCAUGCAAAACGGAAACUAAAAUUUGCUAAAAAGAAUAAGUUGUCAUUCCAGGAUGUGUUAUUGCAUACUGAGGAUAUUAGUCAAAGAGGAUCAAAGCUAUGGAAUAAGACCUUUGUAAGAGGAACAAAACGUCAGGUUAGUAAGACCAUGAGGGGAUCCAAACCUAUAGAUACAGAUGAUCUUAAAAGUCCUUGCAGGAAAGGUUUCAAUACUCCUUAUGUAGGUGGAUCGACAAAAAAUCCUAAAAGCACCUUGUCAAGUAUGAAGACAAAAUCUUUGACAAAAAGAGUCGCUAUGCAAGGAAAGGGAAAGCGGAAAUCUAGUCAGGAUGUAGCUCCUACAAUAAUGGAACAAUUACCAGAAGAAAUACGAGGAAAUCAUGGAGAGAAGAGGAUGAGAGAUGGGGAGAGGAAAUCCACUAAACAUCAUUAUGCAUACCAGUCAAAUACCUCUCGAAAUAUCAUUUCUAAUGUUUCCAAUCAUUCUGAUUCUGGUGAUUCCCAUGACUCUGGUGUAUCAAAAGUAUGUGUCCAAAAACGCCGAAGAACUGAUGUCAUUAGUUCGAAAAAAAGUCGAUCCAGGGCAAACAUGGAAGAGUUACCCCCCCUUGCCAGCAAAGGUGUUGCUGAAGUAAAAUAUUCAGAUGAAGAGCCUGCUGUUGAUAUUCAACCUAAAAAAAUGUGGAAAAAUAUUGAACUUCUGAAAAAUGGUGUAAAAAGGUUUCCCCAUGUGAAGAAAAAGUUGAGGAAAACUAAUAGUUCUCCCAGACAUGCUGCCAAGGAGGACCAAGAUUUGAUGCAAUCAUCCCAUGUGAUGGGUCCAAAAAUGGUUGUCGAAGGGGUCAGUUCUCCAUAUUCCAUUCCAGGAAGGAGAAAAAAGAGUCAGGAUGCAGAUGAUGAUGAAAUAUUAUUCUUGAUAGCCUAACAAGAAAUACAUCCUGACAAGAAACAUCUUCACUGUGGCCUCCUCUAUCAACACACUGUGUGACAGGAGCAGUGGGCUAGCUAGAUGUACAAUGUGUUGAGCCUAUGCUUCACCAACAGAGAUGGUACUAGAAUAUUGCUACAGACAGCAUACAUGAUGAUAUUCACCUGCAAACACUUUUAUUGCCCAAAGGACAAUGAUGAGAGAGUUGUAUCAUCUUCCUAUUGUAUGAAUCAUGCACAAUUCACAUUAUUGUACAUAUUAAACGUUCUGUGUUCAUAAACUCAAAUGCAUAGUGUUCUGAAGAUUGUCCAUCGUGUACUGGCUUGUAUCAUGUUAUUCUUUAUCAUCCCUGUAACUAGAGUUACUUCCCUUGCAAAUGUAAAUGUAAAUAAUGAGUUUGUGUCCCCAAUCUGAUUAAUUGAAAACCAUUUUUAAAUGGGACUCACGUUUGGUUUCAGUCACAAAUUUGAUGACAUUCAUAUAUCUGGAGUGAUGUCAUGGCUGUCUCACAGCUGUUUGAUUACAAGUAUAAAAUGACUGCUAUGAAAAAUUACCAACAUCUUGUAUCAUAAAUGUUGAAAAAUAAUAAAUAUGUUUACAGUUUAGGGGUGUUGCUGUGUACUCAAUUUGAAAUGUCUGUACAUCAAGUGAAGUAAUAUUUAUUUCCAAAGUAAGCAAAAAUGAAUAAUAUACAACUUUCUCCAUAUUAAACAAGACAUAGUAUUUUA